ACCCACGCUAAUUUGCAUAGCACUAUUCUCAGUGAAAAUGUGACUUGUUAUCCUUUUGAACCGGACCCAGCGUGGAUAAAAUUGCCUUUAAAAUGUUGGCAUUGCAUUGCAGUUGCACUUUUAUGUCUCCUUCAGUAUAGUUCAAGACAGUACGUUCACUGUUGUAGCAAAAGUUAGUAAAUCUCCACACAACUCACUCACACAACUCACUCACAGACCAAAGUUAAAGGCAGCUGCAGAAGGAACACAAUUAAGUUUGGAGGCAGAGGGAUGGCUUCCGUUUAGGGUCAAUAUAGUGCCUCAGUCUUCUGUCUGAAGAAGGGUCUCGACCCUAAAACGUCACCCAUUCCUUCUCUCCAGAGAUGCUGCCUGUCCCACUGAGUUACUCCAGCAAUUUGUGUCUACCACUGGAGUUCUGGCCACAGUAGAAAGUUGAAUUAAGCCCUGGGAGAUUGAUGGUUGGAGAUCCAUCAAAAUUGGUUCCGUGUAACGACUGCAUAAGAAUUGAGUCCAGACGGUAUAUAUUCCAGAUCUUCAACAGCAUGGAUUUACUGCUGGUCAUUCUAUUUGCAAAGGUCAUCCUGAACAUCAUCCUUUUAUGUAUGAAGCGAAGAAUGCUACAGAGUCUCAUUGGCCAUUUCUGCGUUUCCCUGGCUCUGAUGGACGUGGCAUUAUUUGCUUGUGUGACAAUCGCUUCAUUCGUCAAGAACCAUGGUACAUUCGGAGCUCCGAACAGCUUUUUCCAUGUCUGCGGACUGCUGCAGUUCUUCUCCCACGUCUACAGUAUCCUGCACUUCCCACUGUGUCUCAUGUCUGGCAUUGACCAUUUUGUCCACCUACGCAAUCUCUCCAGGUCCUUGGGCCUCUUCCGGAAGAUGCUGUACACCUUCACGGUGUGCUUCUUGUGGAUCGGAGGCAUCCUCUACGCCCUUUACAGCCAUGGCUUCCACAACCUGCCAUCGGCAAUGAUGCAAGACAUCCCAUUGUACCAAUGUGACAUUCCCAUCAGCACCCAGAGUCUAUCGUUGUCCGUCUUGAUACUGUCAACUCUGUGUGUGGUGACGAUCUACUGCUGGCGUAACCUAACCACCCUUGUCAGAUCCCUGCACCUAGACAGCUACUUGGAAGAGAUAGUCAUUUGGAGUUCCCAUCCGGUUGCCCAACUGCAGGCCGUGUCCAGCAAGAAGCAAGUUUUAACCAACAUUGUUAGUUGUUUUGCCCUCACUUGGAUACCGUUUAUUCUGCUUCAGUUGACCAUAGUUUUGAUCUGGGCUCCGCUACCUGCCUACAUGGAUUUGAACGUCCCUUGGCUCUGCUUCAUUAACAGUUUCCUCAUCGGAAUAAUCUACUGGAUGAAUUAUAAGGAUAUCCCUCCAGAAAACAUCUCGUUGAUUCCUGACGGUUUCUGUCACUGGGAGUGCUGUAAAUUACAGCAAGUUUCCUUCAACUGCAAAGGGAAAUUGGUCCCAGAUAAUGAAAUCAAAGCUUCAAAUAUUCUAAUCGCCUGAACGAAGCCAAUCCUCCUCCUUCCUGCCGUCUUUGUAACUAUCAAUUAGCUAAGUUAUUCCCAGUCCCAGUCUUACAACUACAUAUGAAUAUCUAACACCCAUGACUGCGAGUGAUCUAUUUGUGCAUUAGAUGGUCUUUUAUUACUCUUCUCUCUCCUGAUGCACACACCUCGGAUUUUAAUCCAUUUGGCAUUGUUUCUAUCUGUACUUUCCAAGAUGCCGUUUAGAGUUUGGGUUGUAUUUUGGUUUCUUGUUUAUGAUACACUUUUUACAGGGAUGAAAGACCAUAAAACUUUAAAACAAAAUAUUAGCGAUUUGUACUGAUGUUUUCUGGGGUUAUGUCAUUACCAUUUGUGCCAAUUCUCUAUUAAAUAACAAAUAAAAAUCAGCUAUUGGUG